AAAUAGCAACGGCGGAGAAGCAGAGCACAGCUGGGGAAGGAGGAGGCCAAAGCGAGUCGCUGUGCAGAGGAAUGGCCGACAUUUGAUCGGAGAAGGUUCUCUACAAACCAGGAGAGACAUCACUGAGCCAUGGAGGACUGUGGUAGCCUCAUAGAGUUUGAUGUACCGGAGUUCAGCAACACCGUCCUCAACCAACUCAAUGAGCUCCGUCUCCAGGGCAAGCUAUGCGACAUCAUUGUGCACAUUCAGGGCCAGCCGUUCAGAGCCCACAAGGCUGUCUUGGCCGCAAGUUCACCAUACUUCCGUGAUCAUUCAUCACUUGGCACGAUGAGUGGGCUCUCCAUCUCUGUAAUCAAAAGCCCUGAGGUGUUUGAGCAGCUGCUAGCCUUCUGUUACACUGGCCGAAUGGCGUUGCGUUUACGUGAUGUCAUCAGCUUCCUCACUGCUGCCAGCUUCCUCCAAAUGCAGGCUGUGAUUGACAAAUGCACGCAGAUUCUUGAGGGUAUUCACUCCAAGAUCAGCAUCCCUGCCUCUAGUGAGAUCGAUCCAGACAACGAAUGCACCACCUCAAGGGCUGGACGCAAUGGUGUGAACGACAGAGGAAUCUUUGUGAACCCCACCGAGAUUUCACCAUCCCACUAUUCUCGUCAGAAUCAUUGCGUGGAAGGGCGAAGCUCAGGUAAAGGUAUAGCAGAGGAGGGUCAGUCAGACCGAGGGAGCACCGAUAGCAUAUCAGAGCAAGAGGCAUCCAUGGAGGUUGAGUCUGAACAGGUGGAACUCAUCGGGAAGGAUGGGCAGGUGACCGAUGUCCACAUUAAGCUGGAGAAAACUGACCGGCCAAGCUACUCCGAUAGCUCAUCGGCAGGUGACGACGGAUAUCACACAGAGCUAGUGGAUGGUGAACAGGUGUUGGCCGUCAGUGUAGGAUCAUACAUGCCCGUGCUUUCCUCAGUCGGAUACACUUACUCUGCACUACCUUCCUCAUGUUUUGUCAGCCUGAGCUCCUCUAGCCCAUCUCGUUCCUUGCUUAGCAGUGUUCGGGGUGGUCGUGCCCGACCGAAACGUCCCGUGCCUCUUCCGGUUGAUCUGCUAACUCAACCCAAGCCAGGUGCCGACGAAGGAGAUCCACCGGCGACAACAGCUACCUUUGAGAACGAUGUAAGGGAGCGUAGUUUACGAGGACAGUGGUACCCCUACAACGAGCGGCUCAUCUGCAUCUACUGUGGCAAGUCCUUCAAUCAAAAGGGCAGUCUGGACCGUCACAUGCGUCUACACAUGGGCAUUACACCCUUCGUCUGUAAGUUCUGCGGCAAGAAAUACACUCGCAAAGAUCAGCUGGAGUACCACAUCCGUGGCCACACAGACAACAAACCCUUCCACUGCCAGAUUUGUGGCAAAUGUUUUCCCUUCCAAGGCACACUCAACCAGCACUUGCGUAAGAAGCACAUGACCUCUGGCACAGAAAUUAACAAUCACACCGACCUGCUGGAAGAGGCACCGGAUGGCCAGAGAGGAGAGCUAGAAGAUAUCUCAGAGGGAGAAGCAGCCUGUGGAGCAGCGUACCCUGAUGACUUGUCGAAAAAAUCCCCAAGUGAAGAGAGUGGCAAGUGCAGUCCGGAAGAACCCCCUGCAUCCAAACCCCUGCGUGGAUAUUGAGAUUUAUUUUUCAUUUUACUUGGUUGUUUGUUCUCCUUAUCUAAUAGGGAAGCUUAAAGGGUUACUCCUUUCACGAUUAAGCCCAGCUGUUUUUAAAGAACGACAAGAAAUAACCUGCCUUGUGCAUUUUCUACUCGUCCAUUUUUGUGGAAGUUCUACACAGGACUAAGAUUGAGCGAAUUAAUUUUUAAGGAGUUUUUCAAAGGGAAGGAGUCCUAUAAUCGGGGAAUUAAAUAAUCGGGGAGGAGGUCUCUGUAAUCAAGGCCUUCAAAGAGUUUUAUCACAUUUUUAUAUAUCUAUAUCUAUAUAUAUAUAUAUAUAUUUCCAUGUUUUUCAACAUAUUUACAGAGUAAUAUAGGCAUGUUGCAAUAAUGAAUAAUGUGAAAGCUCAGAUGAGAUGCUUGUCAUAUCACGCUUUUACCUGACCUGUUUUUGCACAUGUGGCCUGUAACGGGUCACUCACUCACAAGGAAUGGUUUAUCUGCCAGUGCAAGGCUCUUUGUGACACAUCCGUUCAAUACCUCAUUAUACAACCUCAACAUACUCAUCAUUGACAGUAUUUGUAGCUUGUUGUCAACUCCAGCCAGGUUUUACCUCAUAGCAAAGAACCUGAAAGGAGGAGAAGAAGCUUCUCACAAAUUCAUGUUUGUUUUGUUAUCAAAGGGUUUACAUGAAUGCGGAGGCAAAACCCCUGAACAAAACAUCUCCACUUUACCAAGGCUUGAUACUUCAGUGAAAUAUUCCUUAGUGAUUGUAUGAAUUCAGAAUUCUUUGUCAGUUUUCUCUAGCAGCCAUGCCUAUGGGGAAAUUGCUGGUAUACCUGUGGUGUAUUUUCAGGAUCAAGGGUCCAGUACAGAACAUGAUGUUUUUUUUUUGUUUUUUUUUUCUUCAUCUUUUGUUUGUUAUGUUGCCAUAUUCUUCCUAAAAUCAAAGUCUGUCAUUCUGCACUUUCUGUACCUCUAUCCUUUUUGUUUAAGGUAAAAUCUCAACACUAUAGUCACAUAUUAGUGCUUGAUUAGCAGCGUAGUCAACAAUAUUAUUCAAUUAAGGAAUGUCAAGUCAAAGUUGUUUGACUCUUUGUGCCAAGUUCUUUCUUGCUUUUUGGUUUCUUUUGCUCUUCUGAAUCUUCACCAAAAGUAAUGUUUGUUUGUUUUUUUUUUGGAAAAAUAUGGGGAGGGUGUGCCUUUAAAAUGAAACUUAAAAUUCUACAAUAGCAUAAUUGUAAAGGCGUUUCUAAAAGUGGCAAAGGAGUCAGGCGAGUUAUUAAAAUAGCCUUAGGGCCAUACCAUAAUGGGAAAAAGGGGGAAAACAAGUUCAUGGUGAAAUAUUUAUAGCGUUACUGCCCACACUUGAUUGGUGGUUAAGAUUUCAAAUGCUUUUCUGAUGUUUAGCUGGGUAAAAAGAGUCUUUUUCUUUCGUUCUUUUUCUCUUUAUUUUUCCAAUAAGACCGCUGUGAUGAGAAGCUAUCUUUGGCUUCUCACAUUUAAUGCAUGUUUUACAGACCAAAACCUAUCGUGUUUUAAUACAAAACUUCAAUUGAUGAAGAUUCGCUUACUGCCGGUAUGCUUUUUUUAUGUUAAAUUGUUUGGAGGGUUUUUUUUUAUGCUGGAGGUUUAGUGUAGGAUUUCAUACUACAAUAGAGAAGUAAUAAGAUAAACCUGCAGUGUCAGUACCUCUGCUGUGGGCACUUUUAUGUGUAGAAUAUUGUGAAAAGGGGGCCCUGGACAGUAUCUCUUCCUAUCCAUUUUCACUGUUAUGUACUUGGUGCAAAACCUCAUACCUCACACUUUUUUUUAUUUCAUGUUUUUUUUUUUUGACCUGUGAUUGAAUAAGUCUUCUUGUUGUAUCAUGCCAAUUUUAGAUACUUUUUUUUUUAUCACCACACUGUCUUAUGUUUUUUUUUGUUUUUGUUUUUUUUAAACAAGUAAGAUGGCGCUGCAUUGUGAGCAGUACACAAGACUCGUAUUUUAUAUUCGUCACUACAGCUGAGCAUCUGCCUCUUUGACUGUCUGCAGUAUAUUUGAUUUAUUGCUGUUGAUGCUCAGGCAGAUUAAAACUUGCCUCGUUCUCACAAGAUUCAAGUGCUUUCAAGUAUGCUUUGUCAUGCCAUUUGGAUAUUUACUUUACCACACCCUCUAUAAAUUCAGUUUAACAGUCAAAGAUAAUUAGCAUAAGCAGCAUUCCCUUUUUUUUAGAGACUGCGGUAUAAUCCUACCAAGAUGGCUUCUUAAUUCUGUUAACAUAACCAGUAUCACACCUUGUUUCUGAAUAUAUGUUGAAAUACAUAAGUGACUUACAUUAUGGUGCUUGUCUGUUUUCAUUUUCAGUUUUUGUAGUGUUGCAGACGGUCACUUUCUUUUUUAAAUGUUCCAUUUAUAUUAUUAUAUCAGUUAAAGUAUUUUAGGAUUUCAAAUGUAACUUUAGCACUGAUGAAAAAAGAAGGAAGGAAGAAGGCUUCUUUUCUACCUUUAAACGAACACUUCACUUUUUAAAUUUGGAAAUAGGCUCAUUUUACAACCCCCUCUACAGUUAAACCGUUGAGUUUUACCAUUUUUGAAGUCAUUCAGCCAAUCUCCUGGUCUGAAUGGAGAACUUUUAUCUUAGCUUAGCAUAAAUCAUUGAAUCAGAUUAGACCAUUAGCAUCUCGCUCAAAUUUUAACCUCCUAAACUCUGUGUAGCUGGAACUAGGUCCGUGACGUCAUUUACUUCCGCAUUAGAAUGCAAUAGAAUAACUUUUGCAUAGAUUAUGAGAGACAUUUUUCUUUUUUUCUAUUAUUAGUGACGUGUAGGAUCCAACAAAAUUAAUUGCAGCAACCUAGACCACACAGAACCUAAAAGGUACACUUUCAAAAUUCAGUUUACAAAAAAUAACACAGGCAAACGUAUACAAUAAUUUUAAUCACUUUCAACAGUGUUUUAUGAACAUUUAAAGGCUUUUCUUUAAAAUGAUAGCAAACUUUUGCAUUUACACCUCUGCAUGUGGAUUUGGGAAGCUUUUGAAUUUGGGUAGGCAACAUCCAGGCGGUGUUCUCCCUGCAUUUGCGUGGGUUUCCUCCGGGUGCUCCGCUUUCCCCCACAGUCCAAAGACAUGCGGUACAGGUGAAUUGGGAAGGCUAAAUUGUCCGUAGUGGAUGAGUGUGAGUGAGUGUGUGUGGAUGUUUCCCAGAGAUUGGUUGUGGCUGGAAGGGCAUCCGCUGUGUAAAACAUGUGCUGGAUAAGUUAGCGGUUCACUCCGCUGUGAGGACCCCGGAUUAAUAAAGGGACUAAGCCGAAAAUAAAAUGAAUGAAUGAACAUCCAGGCGGAAACCUCAAUAGCACCUGACUUCAAGGGAUUAAAGAGAUUUAAUAAUUUGAAAAUGGAAAGUUACUAUUUUUUUAGUUGAUACGGCUAGGUUUUGCCUAGCUAGGGACUAUUUUCAUUCACCAUUCACCAGUACACACCAUUUUGAAAAUGAAUAUUUGUAUCCAUUUCUCAGCAAAUAUAGGCAAUAUAUUAUGGUGCAUUUAAACAAAACAGAUUUAUUAAACAGAUAUAUUUAUUAAAAUAAUAAUUUAGUCACCAAACAUAUUUAGAAAUUGAAAAAUGUAUUAAAUUUAAGCAAA